AUCCUAAUAUCAACAGUAAUGAUACAAAACUUUAUUUCGAUGAAUCACCUAAUGAUUUCAUUAUCCAUAAUGAAUCAUUCAAUAAUUAUAUUAAUUAUGGAUUGAGUUAUGGAUUGUAUAUGUUAUCUACUACUUCUAAUGGUUCGCCUAUUAGUAUUACGAAUAUAAGUUGCUACCAAAAACUUCAUACUGCAUAUUUUUAUCCUUAUCAAAAUUUUUCUCAAUUUUCUUCAUGUGAUGAGUAUUUUUCACCUUUAGAUAGUAAAGGUUGGAAAUUUAGUUGUGCUGAUGAAUGUAAAUCCAUACCAAAACUUCCAAUUAACACCUUUUGUUAUCGAGAACCACAAGAUCAAGUUGAAGUUAUUACUUAUAGAGCAAUAGGUGAUCCAAUUAGCAUAGAUCAUAUCACCUUAAAUAUAACAUCAAAUGUCACAUCAUCUCCAAAUGCUUCCCUUCCUGAUUAUUUUGGAAUUAUUUUCAGUAGAAUUAUAAUUAAUGAUAAAGCAAUGAAUCUCUAUUUCAACAUGAUUCCUAUACCCCCGUGGUCGUUGGGACGUGGCUUAUUAUUUGGUCUUAAACCUGAAAAUAAUGUGGCAUAUAUUGAUGUUGAUGUUAAAGAAUUAUCUCCAAUUACAGAUUCUUCUUAUACACUUUUAAUAAUAAAACCAAAGAAUCAUAUUGUGAGAUAUAUUGAAGAAGAUAGCCAAUCUUUUGUUACAAUACUUGCUAAUAUUGGAGGUUUAUAUGCUGGACUAACCGCUUUAUAUACCAUAUGUUUCGGCACCAGAAGACUUUCUCCAUGGGGUUAUUGUCAAACAUUUCCGUGCUGGUGGCCACUUCGUCGGAUUUUUAAACGUCAUUUCGCAAGACAUUACGUUUCUAAAGCUGGAGUUCCAUUUGUUGAAGAUCCACGUAAAUUACCUCCUGGUGCUUCUAUUGAACAUCGAGUUGCUGUGUUAGAAAAUUUGUUAAAAGAAUAUUAUCUCGAUACAAGUUAUUUAGAACUAUUAAAGGAUACACGUGAAAAAUAUAUUGAUUUUAAUAAAACUUAUCAAGAACUUGAAGAAACAAAUACUGAUGAUAUUAGUGAUGAGGAAAAUAAACAUCAAAUUAUCAAUAAGAUUUCAAAAAGAUAA